AUGGCAAGCAAGCCCCGGAUGAGGCAGAUUGUACCUGAUCUCAUCCUCGGCAACGUGAGAUCAUACCACAACCGAGAACUGAUAGAAGAGAAUCACAUCAACGCAGUUGUAUCUCUCACCCAUGCCCCGUGGGUAUGGUGGAACACGAUCACAAGAGAAGCCGGAGUUCCUAAAGAUUGUCAUAAAUUUGUUCAGUGUGCAGAUUCCUCAAAGCAGGGCGUUCUGGUCUACCUGGGCAAUAUCUGCGAUUUCAUGGACCAAGUGGCAUCCCCCGCGCUUUGCGCAACUGGAUCUUUGCCCACCGAAUGCAACGCAGAGGACGCUCGGCGCGAUGGACCUGGAGCGUCCAAGGCGGUUCUAAUUCACUGUGAUUUGGGAAUCUCGCGCCCCCCUAGUCCCAUCAUUGUCUAUCUCAUGCGCAACCUGCGCAUGCCGCGGGCGGAAGUAUUUGGCUUUGUGCGGUCAAAGCAGAAGAUCAAGCGCAAACCUCACUCGCCAGCUAGAGGUCUGGGAGAAGGUUGA